AUGGACGCGCCGAAGGAGGCCGGCGGCGCGGGCUUCGGCGUGCUCCGGCGCCUCAGCCGCGGCACGAUCGCCGGCUACCUCGUGCUCCACGACGCGCGCGAGCUCGAGGCGCUGUCGCGCGACUUCGUGCGGUCGCGCGCGCUCCUGCCGAACCGGCUCGACGUGUCGAUGAUCAACGAGUACUUUGGGGAGCAGCUGGGCUUCAUCUUCUCCUUCCGCCAGCACCUGACGACGUCGCUCACGCCGCUGGCGCUCUGGGGCGUCGUGGUCUACGCCGCGACGACGGCGCGCGGCGACGUGAGCUCGUGGUGGACCGCGAGCUUCGCGGCCGCGUCGGCCAUCUGGGGCGUCGUCUGCAUGCAGCUCUGGCGCCGCGUCGAGUCGACGAACCGCAUGAAGUGGGGCGUGCAGGACGCGCGGCUGCGGAAGCUGCCGCGCGCGGGCUUCCACGGCGCGCUGCGGCCGUCGCCCGUCGACGGCCUGCCGGAGCUCUUCUUCGCGCCCCACCGGCGGCGGCGCAAGGUCGCGGAGAAUCUCGCGCCGGCCCUGGCUCUCAUCGCGAUCUUCGGCCUCAGCUUCUGGGGCAUCACGCUCCUGAAAUUCCGCCUCGCGGACGAGCGGGGCGGCGCGUCGCUCGCGCCGGCCGUCGUCAACGCCGUGUCCAUUCAGAUCCUGAACUUGGCCUACGCGAAGCUCGCGGUGAAACUGACGAACCGCGAGAACUGGAGGACGGACCAGGAGCACGCCGACGCGCUGAUCCUGCGCAUGUUCCUGUUUCAAUUCGUCAACUCGUUCUCGCCGCUCUACUUUACGGCGUUCGUGCGGCCCUACGUGGGCCACGGCGGCUGCGACGGCGACCGCGACGGCGCCGUCGCCGGGAGCCCGGGCGACGCCUGCAUCCACCUGCUCUCCUCGUCGCUCCUCGUGCUCUAUUUGUCGCAGAUCUUCGUCUCCAAGGUCACGGAGCAGGCGGUGCCCCUCGCGAUCGAGCACUACCGGCGCUGGGCCGAGAGCCGGGGCGUGCGGCGCGACGCGGGCGCCGAGGUGCGCUUCUCGCGAGCGGAGCUCGAGCGCUUCCCAGCGCUCUUCCUCGGCGAGAUCGACCCGGAGCUGUUCCACGUGAACGCGAUGGCGGCCGUCGUCGUCGAAUUCGGCUACGUGACGCUCUUCGUGGCCGCGUUCCCGCUCGCGCCGCUGCUGUCCUACGUCAACGGCUGCGUGUCCCUGCGGUCGAACGCGCACGUGUUGAUGUACCGGAGCCGGCGGGCCAUGCCGCGCGCGUCCGAGGGCAUCGGGAACUUCAACACGAUCUUCGACCUCAUGACGCGGAUCUCCGUGGUCACGAACGCCGCGCUCCUCGUCUACGUGUCGAGCAUCAAUUACCUCGACGCGCUGACGCCCGUGGCCCGCCUCUGGAUUUUCAUCAUCUUCCAGUACGCGCUCUUCUCCAUCCAAACGGCGAUCGACAUCCUCGUCCCGGACGAGAUCGACGACGUUCGCGUCCAGCGCGACCGCGGAACCUUCUUCCGCGGGGUGCUCGACGCGGGCGAGAUGGUCAUCCCGGCGACACGCGACGAGGCCCACGACGCGCCGUCGCACGACGUCGAGCUCCACGGCCGGGACGACGGCGCCUACUACGCGCACUGGAUCUCGGGCGCGCUCGCGGCCGCGCGCCAGGACGCCGCCGACCUCCGGACCGCGGGCGGCGCCGUCGACGUCCACAUCCCUGGCACCGGCGGCUCGUCGCUCAUGACGGCGCUGCGCCGCUACGGCUGCGCGCGCGGCCUGUCGCUGUGCCCCGUCGUCGGCGGCGUGCGGAAGCACGGCCCCGAGGACCCGCGCUGGGCUUCCGUCGCGGCCUACGACGUCGUCGCGUCGCACCUGCCGAGCGUCGACGCGGCGGACGCGUGGAGACUAUCUCACCCCGGCGGCCGCGUCCUCACGGUGUUGCGCGAUCCGGUCGUCUACGCGCACAAGCACGACCCCGGCGCCGCGCCGCGCCUCGACGCGCAGUACCAGUACCUGCGCCACGGCUGGCGGCGCGACGCGGCGGCCGAGCCGCGGGCCGAGAUGUCCCCGGCGGACGCGCGCGCGUUCCUGCGCGCGCGCUUCGACGUCGUCGGCGUCCUCGGCGCGGGCACCGCGACCCACCUCUUCGACGCGUUCGUGAUCCGCGCGGGCCUGGCGCUGAGCGGCGAGCCCGACGCGCUGCUGUACGUGCGGCGCAACGUCCGCGACGAAUGCGCGGCGCCGCGGCGCCUCGGGGGCCGCAGCCGCGAGAUGCGGUCGUGGGGCCUCCUCGCGAACGAGCUCCGCCCCGCGCCGAACGCCGCGGCGCACGAGCGCCGCGUCGACGCGUUCGUGGUCGGGCUCGGCGAAGCGUGGCGCAACGGCUCCCGCGCGGCGCUGCGCGCGGCGCUCGGCCCGGGCGGCGACGCCGCCGCGCGGUUGCGCGCGGCGGCGCGGCUCGUCGACGACGCGGACCUCCGGCUUCCGGCGGACGUCGCGCUCGUCGUCGCCGCACUGGCCGACUACGCGGACGGCGACGACUGGGCCCGCCACGGUGCGACGUUCGCGUCGCGGCUCGCGGCGCACCGCCGGGCCAAUGCGCACCGCGAGGGCGGCGGCGCGUCUUGCGCCCGGGGGUCCCCGUUCCAGUUCGCGGCCAACUGCACGGCGGCCCCGGACUAA